ACGUUUGCCCAAACCGCCAUAUUGAUUGUGAGUGUUUGGAGCUGGAUGCGGUGAAAAUGUUUGUUGUGGAACUUUGUACGCAUUUUCUGAUGAACUAAGCAAACGGGGGAAACUCUGAUAGUGAAUAUUUGAUCUUCAAACUUAAAACGUGUUGUUCCUUUUGGUGGUGAGGAUGUAUCGGCGUGGCGCAAACAAGAAGGAGCGCAGCAAACCUACGAAGGAGGAGAGCGACAGCAAUAAAUACGCCGAUCUCCUGGUUUUCGGCUAUGCCUGCAAGCUGUUCCGGGAGGACGAGAGGGCCGCCUACCAUGAACAGGGCAAACAUCUUAUCCCAUGGAUGGGGGACAAGAACGUCAUGAUCGAUAGGUAUGAUGGGCGUGGUCAUUUGCACGACCUGUCGGAGUAUGACGCCGGGUCCUGGAACCGCGACUACCAGCUGUCGGGGGAGGAGGCGAGAAUCGAGGCGCUCUGUGACGAGGAGCGAUACCUGGCCCUUCACACAGACCUUCUGGAGGAAGAGGCCAGGCAAGAGGAGGAGUACAAGCGCCUGAGUGAGGCCUUGGCGGACGAAGGAACCUACAACGCCGUGGCCUUCCGCUACAGCGCAGACUACUACGACCCCUCCCAGCCCACCGAGGAGGAAGAGGGCAAGGAAACCGUGGAAGACCCUGAGCCCCCGGACGCCGAGGAGCCCUUUGUGGCCCCCCCUGGCCUGGUCGUUCCCCCCGAUGUGGAACUGCCCGCCACCACGAAGACGCACGCCAUCAUCGAGAGGACGGCCAACUUUGUGUGCAAGCAGGGGGCGCAGUUCGAGAUCGUGCUGAAGGCCAAGCAGGCCAGGAACUCCCAGUUUGACUUCCUGCGCUUCGACCACUACCUGAACCCCUACUACAGGCACAUCCUGCGCACCAUGAAGGAGGGCCGCUACACACCCGUGGCCGAGAGCAAGCAGGAGGCGCAGGAAGACUCCCGGUCGGAUGAUUCGGACGAUGAUGACGGCGACGGACACUACCUGCACCCCAGCCUGUUUGCCUCCAAGAAGAGUUCCCAGCUUCAGGAGAUUAUAAAGCCGCUGCAGGUCAUGGACCCAGACCAUCCGCUGGCUGAGCUGGUGCGGAGAGCCCGGCAGGAGAGGAACGGCGCGGCUGCCAUGGCGACUGAGCAGGCGGAAGCGAGCGCAGAGGUGGCUGCGGCAGCGGUGGCUCUUGCUCAGCCGGACUACAGCGCAGACCCCAAUGUCGGUGCAAUGUAUUAUGGGUACUGCCUGCUCCCGGACGGGACCUACUGCCUGGCCCCGCCGCCCCCGGGGAUCGACGCCACCGCGUACUACGGCUCCCUGCCCGUGGGGGCCCCGCCCCCUCCCUCCUUAUCGGCCGCGCCCCCUCCCCCCGGGACCACGCCCCCGCCGCCCUGCGACCCCGUCGUCUCCGCCCCUGCGCCGGCCCCCGCGCCUGCCCCCGCCCCCGCGCCGGCCCCCGCCCCCAGCCAGGUCUCCGUGCCUGCUCCGGCCGCCACCACGGCGCCCAGAGCUCCUGUAACCGCCAUCAUCCCCCCGCCCCCGGACAUCCAGCCCGUCAUAGACAAGCUGGCGGAGUACGUGGCCAGGAACGGCGUCAAGUUUGAGUCCAGCGUCCGCAGCAAGAGUGACGCGCGGUUUGAGUUCCUGCAGUCCUGGCAUCAGUAUAACGCCUACUAUGCAUUUAAGAAGCACUACUUCAUGCAGAAAGAAGGGAUAAGCCCUCAGGAGUGUGAAUCUCCUCCGGACAGCCAGGGGGCGCCAGCGAGCACCGCUGCCGAAGGUCCGGGCUCGGAGAGCGAAGGCCUCGCGUUGGACAGGGUAGCUAGCCCCUCCCCGAGCAAAGAGGCCAACGAGGGCAAACUCAUCAAGGCGUCCUUCGCUCCGAUCUGCUUCGCCAUCCGGGUGAAGGAGAACGACCUGCUCCCCCUGGAGAAGAACCGCGUGCGUCUGGACGACGACUCGGACGAGGACCCGGACAAGGAGGCGCGGCCAGAGGGGGGUGCGGCGGCCGGUGCCGCGGUUAAAGAGGUCCCCCCCGCCCCCCCGCCCGAGGAGAAGAGGCCCGUGCUCACGCUGGAGGAACUCGAGGCCAAGCAAGCCAAGCAGAAGCUGGAGGACCGGCUGGCCGCAGCAGCCCGGGAGAAGUUGGCUCAGGCCUCCAAGGAGUCCAAGGAGAAGCAGCUCCAGGCCGAAAGGAAGCGCAAGGCGGCCCUGUUCCUGCAGACGCUCCGAGGGCCCGUCACAGGGGAGCCCGAAAGCAGGAGGCCCGAGCCGGGCCCAGCCCCGCCCGAGCCUCUCCCGAUGUGUGGCGCCAGGAGCGGGAAAAGGAGCAAGGAAAAGAAAAAAGAGCAACCUGAGGCGAUCAUCCUGCCCGCGGGCCCCACGCCAGCGGCCCCCAGAAUCCCGCCGCCCGCCCUGGACCCCCGGCCGGCAGAGACCAGCGGCGCCAAAUCCAGGGACCCCGCUUCCCUGCCGCCCCCCUUCCUGCCUCCUUCGUCAUCCUCCUCUACCUCCCACGGGCACGACCGCGAGCGGGAGCGGGAGAAGAAGAAGAAGAAGCGCAAGAAGAGGUCCCGCUCGCGGUCCCGCUCGCCGUCGCGGUCCAAAACCAAGCACGCGCUCCCCAGCGCCUACCGAACGGUCAGGAAGUCCAGGUCUCGCUCGCCCGGCCGCAGGGAGAGAGAGAGGGCCACGCACUCGGCCGAGAGCAGGCGCGAGGAGCGGGAGAGGGAGCGGUACGUCCCCAGCGCCUAUCGCCGCGGCAACAGCCCCGGCUUCAGCAAGAAGCGCUCCAGGUCAAGAUCCCCCCAUGAGAAGAGGAAGAGGAGCUCCAAGUCGCAGAUGAAGAAUAAGGCCUCUUCCUGUUCCCCGUCCUCCUCUCCAGGCCGAGCAGGAAGCAGGAAGCACUCAGCUAGCCUAUCGCCUUCCGGCAGCCCCGCCUCCAGCCUGGGGAGGUCCAGGGGGGGCUCUCUGGAGAAGGACAAGCAGGUGUCGUCGGCCAUCGUGUCUUCGGUGCAGGCUAAAAUCACUCAGGACCUGAUGGCCAAAGUCAGGGCCAUGCUGGCCGCCUCAAAGGAAAUGCGGAGCGGCCCCUCCUGAAAGUGGGCGGGGCCAACCACAGCCGUGGAGAGGGGCGGGAUCCAAUCGCAUCUGCUCGCCAGGACAGCGGAAUCUUCCGGCCAAAGCGAGAAACGCAGCAUUCUGCCUGCCGUGCACACAGGCUCCGGGAGCUUUCAGUUCCGUUUUCCCUUUGGUUUCCUUUUCUUCGUUUGCUUUUUUAAGUCCCUACAUGAUGUUUAGUGGAUGCUAAAAUUCUCCUGUUGUCCGCCAAAAAUGGAACUGGAAAAGGACAGCUGGUUGUUGAAGUUUCGGUCUAAAGCAGAAUCAUGUCAGUCUAAAGCUCAGUCUAAAACAUUGUAUUAAAACGACCGUUGGAUAUUACCAGGGCCCCCAACUGCCAACAUUUAAAUUCAUUUGAAGAACAAAAAACAUUUCGCAAAAUGUCCUCCAAAUAUAGCCUCUUUCCUUUGUACACAGAGUUGCAUGUUGCGUUUAAAAGAGGCAGAGCUGUAUCCUUCCGUGAAGGUUCUCUUUUCUUUUGGGAUUGGGCCCGGCCGAGCCCAUCCCUUUUUCCUCUCUUUUUUUCGGCCGUGUGGCCUUCCCUCUCAUUUGUACAGAGCUUAGCGUCAAACUGCUUUGUAAAACAUUGUUUGUCAAUAAAUUUCAAUAAUAAUUAAAA